AUGUCCUGCUCGUAUCGCCAAUCCAACUUACACUGCCCUGGGGCCUUAUCCAACAGACUGGACGUAAGUAGGAUUGAAUCCGAACUUAUUGAGCUCACCAGAACUAAUUUUGAUGCAUACAGAUGGGGCUGUCCUCCAGGCUGGCUUUGCAAGCCGACGCGGGAGAAUUGCAAUUUCGAACCCGGGAUCCCCGAUAGAAAUUUCCUAUGUCCUCCAGAUCAAUGUAUCCCAGCAGAAGCACUUCCCGUACCAUUGGCAACCUGGGAUGCUACAAUCUAUGGCAAUUCCACCCCCGCAUUGAACCCUGGUUUAAGCGUGCAAGCAUUAGACGAUUAUUUCAACAUCAAUCCCGCGGAAUUCGGUCUCAGCUAUGAGAUCUUCGUAGUCGACGAAACAAUUACGCUCACUUCGACCACGGUUCGCCCGCCCUCUCCAACAGUCGGAGCUAGGCAGGCGCAGACCAGCAUUCCAGGGACAUGUUUCCCUUGGUGUAACAAUUGUCUGCUCGAAGCUCAAGCCAACGGAAAGACUCCGGCGCUUUGCGUCCCUGGGUCCGCGUUCGGAACAUCCUUGGAACAAUGUGAGCAGUGUAUUCAAGUGCAUGGGACCGACGACAGCGGGACUUUCGUCCAGAUCGCACCACAAUUUCAGCAGUUCUUGGAUUAUUGUGACCAGUUCUCAACCGUUAUCGUUACGACAUCAAUAACUGCAACGACGACGAACAGUGCCGGGUCGACUUCGAGCUCCAUAUCAUCACUUCUAUCAACCACUGUAACGCCGCGGACUUCAUCUUCUACGGCUCCAAACCCGACAGGACCUCAAACUUCCACUUCGGCUGUCGUUGCUCCAACAGUCACCUCGGUGAUAUCGACAAGCUACUCGGAGAGCACCGUCAUGGGAAAUGCCUGGUCAUCGGCAACCAUAAUCCUGCCGCUGGAAAACAACAGCACAACAACAAUCUACGGCUCUGAGCUGACGAGUGGGGCGACACUUGUGCUCCCAAUCGCACAAACUACCAACUCGUACACCACAACCUUGAGUGGGAGCACAGCUGCAGCAGGCGCUUCAUCUAGCUCAACCGCAGCUGGCAGUGGAAGCCCAUCGCAAUUCUCGGGCGGCGCCUCGAGGGACAAGUCCUUCAUCAGCGAAGACUUGCGCUGGUGGACGCUGGUGCUCGGGAUGGUGAUCCCUCUGUGGCUCGGUGUCGGCCUUUGA